GCCAUGGUUGCUUUCCUGUUUGAUGGUUCCUUCAAAAAGCAACUAAAAUUUCAACAGUUUGUAAACCAAUACAAGGAGAAUGAGGUCAUUGUUGUAUUAGAGCCAGUACCAGUUGAAGUCGCUAAGUCUACAGAAGAAUUCCAGCCUCAUCCUUCCACUGAUCCAAGUGGUGAAGCAGCUCACAGGGGACUACCUGUUGUGACUGUCAUUCCAACCUUUCCCAAAGAUGUCCAGAUGAGACUUGACACCAAGGAACCAUGUCACACAGUGCCAAAAGUACGCAACAAAAUAAUCAGAAUGCUGUAUGAAAUGAUGGCAGAAUACACCCUGUAUCCAACUAAUGCAGAGUAUAUUCAAGUUGCCAAGGCACUGAUUUUGAAAUACCCUUUCCUAAGAGAUAAGGAAGGAAAUGGCUAUGAAACUUGUGUUGGGGAGGAUUCAACGUCUACUGAAGCCCAUGUGAACGUGCUACAAAGUGAGUAUCGGAAGAAACAUCCAGAUAUCUCGACUGUUAAAGACCGCAUCGCAACAUUCACCUGGAGACGUCGAGAGAUCAUGGAAGGGAUGUCUGUGGAGGAUGUACUGAAAAAAUAUCCAUACUUAAGAACACCUGCUGGAUUUUUUGAUGAGGUUGACCAAAUCCAUCCUUCACCAAGCAGCUUGCCAUCGCUUCGAAGAGGGCUUCGCCAGAGUUCUGCCAAAUGUGCUGAAACUUGGCAAAAUCUCCCCUAGCAAAACAGUACACUGAAACAAGACAGGAUGCCCUGGCUGAAGAUCUACCAGGAAUUGAUUUAAGGGCUGGACUUAUCCUUUUGCCAUUCAUCUUCAGAGAAAAGACUGAACACUACAUUACUAUGAAAGAGUUUUCUUUCUAGGGGGACCGUGCUACACCCUUUCCAACCAUACAACUGAUGGAUGAUGACUGGAAAAUGGCAAUCAUUGGAAGAGGGCUCAGUGUGGUGAAAGUAGAUGGUAUAGAAGUGUGCCAGUGCACCAGCCUUGAUGAAGCCUUCAUAACAGCCUUCUGUAUGUAUUUUGUUUUCAACAGUGCAUAUCCGCCACACCUGAAAAACACAUUGACUUUCCUUCAGAGGUGCAUUGUCAAUAUUGUGGAAGAGGGAGACAAUCCGCUGCCAGUGACUUUACUCCGGAUGAUUAACCUUUUGUAUUAGAUCCUCAUGCCUCAACUGUACCAUUGCCCAAAGUGCACUCGAAGGACAUUCACGCUUGUGAAGUUAAUUCAACAUGUUGGAGUUGUACAUGCACAUGAACCAAAAUUUUAGUAUCACCUGUGGUAUAAAUGAGUGCAUAUCAACUUUUUCGCGAUUCCAUUCUUUUAGACAACAUGUGUACAGGAAGCACAGAUGCUUUGUUUUUGGACCUUCUGAUAACAAAAAUGACUGUCCCACUGAAGACUCAGCAGUACAGCAAUGCAGCUUGAACCUGGAUCAGCAAAAUUCUGAGACUGAUCCCAAUUCUUCUGAUCCUCAAAUAGCUUUGCCACUUCUAGAUAAACUAUUUAGAAGAUUUUAGAGAUAAUCUGUUUGGUUUCAUUCUUAAAUGGAGAGAGAAAAACCUUCUACAUUUGUCAGUCCAACAAGACAUAACAGAUGAUGUCAACUUUCUCUUCUUCUUUUUCAAAGAAAACCAUGAUUCUUCUAUUUCUUAUCAUCUUGAAAACAGUGGUUUUGAUAUUUCAAAGUGCCCUGAACUUCAGCAGGUUUUGCACUCAUCUGAUUUGUUUGAUAAAGCUUUUGAGGUGGUUCGUUCUCCACGUAUGAUUAAAGAACACUGUAAGGCCAAGAUGAACUAUACAGAACCUGUACACCACACACUGAGAGGCCCUUCAGGGAACAAAAUAGUAAUAAUCAUAAUAAUAAGUAUGAGGAAUAGUAAUAGUGAUGUUUUGCAUAGCAAGCACCACUAAUAAUAGUUUUUAAGAAGAAAGAGAAGAAAAUUUGUAUGCUAAUGUUACAGUUUAGAGUUAGGGUUAUGAUAUCAAAAUAAAUAAAUACAUAAAAAAAAAAAAGAAUACAUACAUACACACAUACUUUAA